GGGUGGCUGAUCACAGAGGAACCCAGCGCCUCCAAGAAAUACGAGAUGAGCUUUGCCGGGAGCCACUGUAGAGUACAAAAGGUCGAUACCUUCCCGUUCCAUUCUCUCCUCACGCCCAGCCGCCUCAGUCUCUCUUUCAGUCAUUUCUUGACCAGUCAUUCCUUCUACAGCUCUGUGAGCUCGAAAUUCACAUUCACUCUCUACAAACACACCCACUCGCAAAUCAAAACUUCAAGUUCAGGCAACUUGACUCGAAAACAAAAUCACCUCUAACAUCAUCAUCAAAAUGUCCAAGAUCUUCAACGCUGCUGUCCUCCUUGCGGGCCUUGUUGCCCAUGUUUCCGGCCACACUGCCGUCGAGAGCGCUGAGAUUGGAGGGAAAACCUACCAGGGUUUUCGUGGUGCUUCCAUCGACUCUCCUCUCGAGGAGGGCUCUCCUGCCUGGAAGACCAACCAGGGCUGGGGCUACCAGCCUAUCAUGGGUGACUCGAUAAACAAGCCCGACAUCAUUGCUCACAGGGACGCUACUCCUUCGCCCAACACCGCCGAAGCCCCUGCCGGAUCUACGGUCACCUUUCACUGGCACCACAAGGGCAGCUGUGGCGAGGGCGAGGAGGGUUGGGACUGCUCCCACCAUGGAUGGACCGCCACCUGGCUCGCUGCCUGCAACGGUGACUGCUCCGUGGUCGACAAGACCAAUCUGGAGUUCUUCAAGAUCGACCAAGUCGCCUUGACCUCCUACCCCCAAGGCACCCGUUACGCUGAGGGCAACUCUGCUCAGGGCUACACCGGAAAGUGGGGCACCGACGCCAUCUUCUACGACAACGGCAACGCCCACACCGUCACUAUCCCCAGUGAGAUCCCCUCGGGUAACUACGUCCUCCGUACUGAGGUUGCCUCGAUUCACAACAACGGCGCUGUCUCCAACCGCCAGUUUUGGCCCCAGGCCUUCAACAUCAAGGUCACCGGUGGUGACGACAGCAAGUCUGUCCCCGCUGGUGUCAAGGGCACUGAGAUCUACUCGGCUAAGGACGAGCUUCUCACCUGGGACCUGUACUGGCACGAUGCCGGCAAGACCAUCCUCGACUCUCCCGGCCCUGAGCUCGCCUCUGUCGCUGUCGCCAGCAUCACCCGCCGUCACGCUCGUGACUUCUCCAACUAAGCUGUUUGGUAGCGUGAUCUCUUAUUUUCAUGGACAGGGGUUUGGCGCAUAUGGACGAUCGGAUACUGGAAAAUUUGGGGCAUAUCUUGGACUUUUUCUCUUCUUUGGCGGAUACCACUUUCUCACGAUCAGGCACGACUUCAGGUGUAGAUAUUCACAUAUCCAGCUAGGUAUAGAACUGGCAUUGCUCUUCUGAGCAUCAACAAUGCGUCUCGUUCC